AUGGCUGCAGAAGACACGAUCCCUCUCACACCCAGAGAGGCUGCCUCCGGACUGCUGGGCUCGGUCUCGAUGACCUGCUGGAUCUUCCUACUGGUUCCGCAACUCAUCGAGAACUACCGCAACGGCAAUGCCGAAGCUAUCUCCUUCCUCUUUAUCCUCGUCUGGUUUGUCGGCGACAUUGCCAACCUCUUCGGCGGGCUUCUAGCAGGUCUAGUCCCCGUCAUCAUCGCCAUUGCCGUGUAUUUCUGUAUUGCGGACGGCGUCCUCAUUGCCCAAUGUUUGUACUACAAGGCGCGUAACUCGCGCGCCGAGUCCCACCAGCGUCGACGCUCAUCGGUCGAGACCCCCGACCCUACCACCCCGCUCCUGGGUCGCCGGUUCAGUGAUACUAUCCCGCCGACACAGCGACGACGGUCGUCGGGUUCGUUACGCGGUUACCAAGCUGCCGCUAGUCGGCGCGAAAGCCAGACUGAAGACCCGCUCGCGAAGAUUGUCGAGGAGAACGAGUAUGGACGCAAGGCGUGGGUUAAGAACAUCCUCGGUGUUCUGGGGAUCUUUGUGGUCGGUAUGGCGGGGUGGACCAUGGCUUGGCAGACUGGCAUGUGGGCGCCGGCGCCGCUGGAGAGUCAUAAUGACAAUGGAGAAGCUGCUGGCGGGCAAGUGUUGGGCUAUUUCAGCGCAAUCUGCUACUUGGGCGCGAGAUUGCCUCAGAUCUAUAAGAAUUAUAGUGACAAGUCCUGCGAAGGAUUGUCUCUUCUGUUCUUCAUUCUUUCCCUCUUGGGUAACCUUACCUACGGUGCGGGUAUCUUGUGCCACUCCACCGAGCGGGAGUACGUUGUCACCAAUCUUCCGUGGCUGAUUGGAUCUCUGGGCACGAUGGCGGAAGAUGUCAUUAUCUUCAUCCAGUUCCGCAUCUACGCUGUUCAGGAUGAUCGUCCUUCCGCGGUGGCAUAA